UGAUAAAACCGAACGCGCGCGAGGACUCGCCGCAGAUGGCGCGUAUCCGCGAUAGUCGCGCGCGGAUUUAUCUCGAAGCGGCCGCACGCCCUUCUUCUUUUAACGGCUCUCUUCUUUUUUUUUCUUUCUUCGUGACGUGCUCGGAUCUGCUCGCGCAAAGUGAGACAAAGCCCGACCGCUCUUUCGUUCCGCGCGAAUGAUAAUAAUCGGAGCGCGAGUUUUCCGUUGAUUUCGUUCGCCGAUUCAUUUCCUGUGUCCAUGGCCAGUAUCGUGCACGAGUAAAGCGUACGGAGUAACGAGAAACUGAAGAGGAAGAUGUCUACAUACACCCGUUGUAGACAACACAGUAUUCGUAAUACAUCGUGACAACAUCCUUUGCUCAACAUAGCCCAAUGAAAAUCUCCUUAAGAAUGAAAAAGCGAUUAUUAUGGUGCGUCUUCGCCUUCGUCAUCGUGGUCCUCAUCCUUAUGAUCUCAACCGAGAAUAACAUCAUCCAAAGGAUACCGUUCUUCGAUGUAACGGUGACCAACGGUAUCAAAUGCUACGAUGAAGUUACAAUCACGGAAGGACUCCGAGAUUUCGAUCCAAAUUCAGAGGACGACAGGCCAGUGCCGGGUAGGAACAUCUUUUUCCACGAAACUUCCUGCUUCGGCGAAGAAGGCCUAGUCCUGAACGCCCGACAGGCUUGCGCCGUGGAAUCGGCGGCACGGAUGAACCCGACGAUGACGGUGUACCUACUGUUCGUCAGCAAGUCCGAGUUCUCGAACAGCACGCGCGAGAUCAUCAGGCAACUGCUCAACUAUCACAACAUUAAGAUUCGACACAUUUAUCCGGAGAAAUACGUGAAGAACACGCCGUUGGAGGCGUGGUACACCAGCGGCGCGCUGAAGAAGAGUCGCUGGCCCGUCAGCCACAUGUCCGACCUGCUGCGUUACCUGACUCUCUGGAAAUACGGCGGGAUUUAUGUCGAUCUGGACGUGGUGGUCACCAGCUCGUUGGAGAAUCUGACGAACUUCGCCGGUGCCGAGGACUGGGACGACGUCGCUGCCGGCGUCAUGGGCUUCGACAUGUCCGAGCUGGGUCGGCGUGUUGCCAACGCGUGUACCCGCGACCUCAAGAAAAAUUUCCGCGGCGAUCUGUGGGGUAACAACGGGCCCGGAGUCAUCACGAGAACACUGCAGAAGCUCUGCGGCACGAAAUACGCGCGCGAUAUGACGGUCGAACGUUGCCACGGCUUCACGGUGUACCCGCCGUCUAUUUUCUAUCCGAUCCAUUACAAGAAAUGGAAGAAGUACUUCGAAAUAAAAGACAGCGACGCAACAUUGAAGAUACUGAGCAAAGCGAAGGCGAUCCACGUGUGGAACAAGUUAAGUAAGGCCGAACAGGUGCACGUAAAUAGCAACGUACCUUACGCAGUUAUCGCGCGGAACUACUGUCCCAAUGUUUUCAAUAACUGUGAUGAGCCGAUGCUGAUACCAAGCAGAUGCAUAUUCUUUCACGAAACCGCGUGUUCACCACCGAAUCUCACGCCUCGGCAGGCAUGUGCCGUGGAAUCGGCAGCCAAAAAUAAUCGCAACUUAAAUGUCUUCUUGCUUCUUCUGGCGCCCGGUCGAUUUUCUGACAACUCUGAGGCUUUUGUCAAGAUCUUGGAGACGUACGACAACGUGUACAUAAGGAGAAUACGCUUGUCGACAUACGUUCUCGAUACACCGAUAGAGGACUGGUUCUCGGCGAGCGUAUGGAAGUUUUCCGAGAACCGAGCCUGGCUGCGCAGAGAUCUUCAUGAUUACAUCCGCAUGUUGACUCUGUGGAAGUUCGGCGGUGUGGCGUUAAACUUGAACAGCAUAGUGCAAGCAUCGCUGGACGAGUUAACUACUUUCGUAGGUGUACGAGAUCGAGAUAAAGAGGUCGGCGUGAUUGGCGUUGACACGAGCACAGAUUUCGGAAGGCAGUUUAUCGACGCCUGUAUGGAAAUUAUUAAAAAUACAACUGUGGACGAUUAUCUGAGUUACAAUAUCACGAACAUCGUAGCUAAGGUUCUCAAGCAACUCUGUUAUCAGCAAACGAAUAAGGAAUGCCGGCGAUUCACAAUUUAUCCAUCGGCGAAAUUUUAUCCCGGUUACUCAUGGAAAGACGACGCAAAGGCGAAAGAACUGAUACAAAUAAUGCGAAACGCGACAACGAUUCACCUGCGGGACGAUUAUAACCGAAACACUAAAACCGACAGUAUGGCGACUUACAAAAUAGCAGCCAAACAACAUUGCCCGAAGAUAUAUGACACGCAUGUUAAACAAUUAGAUGUCACGAUGGCCAAGCGAAUAUUCAAGGGUCACAACGAUCAUUACAACGGCAUCACGAUCGACUCGGCUGAGGAGGACUGCGACAAUAAAAUAUUUAUACAACGUCUCAAAGAUUCUUUAGAACAGUGGUCAAAAGACAGGAAACGCGCUAUAUGGUUUCGCGUGCACAUACCGCACGCAGAAUGGGUUCCCAUAUUAACGAAAAUGGGAUUUGUAUUUCAUCAUGCGAAAGAGGAAUACGUCAUGUUGUACCGUUGGUUGCCCAUCGACGAGGAAUGUAACGUUCCAAAAUACGCUCAUACAUUUUUAGGUGUCGGUGCAUUCGUAUUUAACAAGGACACCAACGAGAUCCUUGUCAUUAAAGAGAAGUACAUUCUCAACAAAGCAAACUGGAAGCUUCCGGGCGGUUACGUGGAGCCAGGAGAAAACAUCGAGGCGGCAGCUAAGAGAGAGGUCCUCGAGGAGACGGGAAUACAGGCGGACUUCAAGUGCUUGAUCUCCUUUCGACAUGGGCACGACUAUUUCUUCGGUUGCUCGGAUAUGUACAUGAUUGCGUAUCUGACACCUCAGAACUUCGAGAUCGAGAGGUGCAAGCGGGAGAUCUCGGAGUGCAGGUGGAUGAAGUUAAACGAGUUUAUGCAACACCCGGAAGUGCACGCGAAUAAUAAAACUCUCGUGACGAAAACGGUAGACUUCCUACGACAUCAAAUGGGCAUGGUUGUAAACUAUGGGACACAUCCCGUUACCAAGAAGCAGAUAUGCGUGUACAGCGUGGAGAACGCAAACAUCGGAACCGCAUCUACAGAAUAAACCAGCUCUUUUGUUAAAAAAAAAAGAAAAAUAAUGUAUAUAUACAUGUAUAUAGGACAAAAUAGUAAAAAUUUUAAUAUACAACUUUUAUAUAUAUAUAUACACGAUAUAUUAAAAAUAACGCGCAUAAAAUAUUCUCUUAUUCUCAUUCUGCUGCCAUGUAAAUAUGCGAAAAUAAAAAAAUGAAUAACA